AUGCUAAUUUCAAAAGACAGAGAGAGGCUGACUGAGGAUGAAGACGGCGCACUGAAAACGGGAACUCAGGGCUCACCUUUAUUCCGCGCAAGCCAAGCCAAGCCAUUUCCCUGCCGGGCCAGAUCUUGCAAGACCAACUCGGAAGCAGAUGGCAUCGCAACUCCAUCGUGCCUCGUCUCCCGCGACAUGGCGCAUCGACACCAUGUCUAUAUAUAUGAUACAGUAUCCUUCCCAUUCUCUUUCGGCCAUAUAGAACCCGGCAACCCUCUCUCCCUUGCUUUCUUUUCUUCGGCCUUUUCCACUCACCUCUCGGUCACUCGCCCUCUGAAAUACCCAAAAGCAAUCGGUCCAAAACGGAGCCUUACUCGGCACCUUUCCCACCCGACUUACGGCAGAUGCGGCGGGCGAGGCCCACCAUCCCAACCCCCUAGUCGCUUAUGUCCAGCAGCGCCUUUUCAUUACUCGCAAGCCACCGUUAGGUCUUGGCCUGGUCGCCGGACACACAGGCAUACCCCAGACGUGCCACCACACCGCAUCCCAAGCGUGCUGAGGAGUACCUCUACCUCAGCCAGAAGAGAGGCGACCCCCAAUACGACCACCAACCAAACUGAUCACUUACCACAAUCGACCCUUUAA